AUGGAGCCCAACGCACCUUCACCAACCGAGACGAAAAAGCUCGGUUUCGAGUCCGGUAAAGCCCUCAUGGCUGAGGGUCCGCAAGUCCUUCACGAGUACAUGGCCUCCAAGUUUGGAGCUGCUAUGGGUCGUGUCAUGCCUCAGAUGGACGUGCGGUUCAGCAACCUAUCCGUCAGCGCCGACAUCGUCGUGGUGGACGACCCGGGUGUCAAGCACGAGCUGCCGACCAUCCCGAACACCAUGAAGAAGGCGUUUGUAGGCCCCAAGAAGCGCGUCGUGUGCAAGCAGAUCCUCAAGGACGUGAGCGGUAUGUUCGCUCCUGGCAAAAUCACACUGCUCCUGGGUCAACCCGGCUCCGGCAAGUCGUCUUUGCUCAAGAUGCUAAGUGGGCGCUUCCCUAUCGAGAACAACAUCACCGUUGAGGGGUGA